AUGGAGGAUUGUAAAUUAGAUUUGCGAAAUUUACGGGAUCAGGGAUAUGACGGAGCAAGCGUUAUGUCUGGGUUAAAAUCUGGUGUAAGUGCCCGAAUUAAAGAACUACAACCCCGUGCAGAAUACCAUCAUUGUAGAGCACAUGCGUUAAAUUUGGUUAUUUCGUCAUCAUGUAGAAGUGUUGAUAUGAUAAGAACCGUAUUUGAUGAUGUUAAUCAAUUAACGUGGUUCCUUGGUGGCAGUCCAAAGAGAACAGCAAUUCUUAAGCUACACUUGCCCGAUGCAAAACAAGUUGAUUAUUUAGUAGGGGAUACCGAUGACGAGAAAGUUGAGAGUAACAUCAAUAUUGCAAAUGCCUUUUCCAAGAGUUUGCUUCCGAAAUUGUGUGAAACAAGAUGGUCUGCUAGAGUUGACACACUGUCCGUUAUUUUGGCUAAAUACAAGGCAGUUCUUGCAUCUCUUGAAGAUGUAAGAAAGGAGAGUACGGCAACCGAAGCUCGCACAAAAGCCACUGCAUUUAUACAUAUGAUGGAGAAGAGCACUUUUGUUGUUGCAAUAGUAAUUGCCCAUCAUAUUUUAAGUUAUACAAAGCCCUUAAGUCUUGCAUUGCAGAAUGCAAAAUGUGAUGUGUUCAAGGCCUUCACAGAUGCUCAGACAUGUAAAAAGGUAGUUGCUGCUCAAAGGUCGGACAAAGUGUUCAACAGAUGUAUAUGGAUGAAAGCAGCUGCGAUCGCCGAGAGCAUAGACAUCGAGCUUGGUAAACCAAGAACAGUUGGGCGAAUGCGUCAUCGGGCUAAUGCUGCAUUUUCCGAUGAUUCGGUACACGGCUAUUAUAGAGUGAACGCAUACUUUCCGUUUGUCGAUCACUGUUUGAAUGAGUUGAAUGAACGAUUUCCUGAACAAACACACCUAUCUUUCUUGGCGUUUCAGUUGCUGCCAUGUCGCCUUCAGAACAUAACUGAGGAGGAAAUUGACGAUAUCCAAGUCAGAUAUGAGGAGGAUAUGCCAGACUCUCCAGGGUUUGUUAGAGAACUUGAACGGUGGAAAAUGUUCUGUUCCAGACUCCAAAACAGAGAUAAAGAUACCGGUAAUCAGUCUUUGGAAACGGCAAUUCAACUUGCAGACCCUAAUUAUUAUCCCAAUGUUCAUGCAGUAUUUAGAGUGCUGCUCACAAUGCCUUCAGGAUCCGUGCCCUGUGAGAGGUCUUUCUCUGCGAUGAGACGCUUAAAACAUUGGAGCAGAUCUACGAUGACCGAGACCGACUUUCUGGACUGGCUAGUCUCUUCAUACAUAGAGAUAUCACCGUUUGUAGAGAGAAGAUUAUGA